CGGUUUUGUUUAUAUAGAGUGACUAUUGCGGUGUACGUUCAUAGCAAGAUUUCAUCCAAGAGCAAGGACAUAGAAAUCAAUAAUCUAACCUGUUGUUUCGAAUGUCAUGGUUUAUUUUAUGAAAACAUAAACAUUGAGAUAUUGCCAAAUAAUCAUUUAAUGUGUUCGAUAUGGCACAUCGUGCACUCAUGAGGCUAGGUAAACAAUUACCCAAAAGAGUCAAUGAGUAUAAACCAUUUCAAAACUUUCUAGUAUUGGAUUUUGAAGCAACUUGUGAGGCCAACAAAAUAUUAAAACCACAAGAAAUCAUUGAAAUCCCGUGUUUUGCCGUGUCUUCCGAAGAUUGGCACAUAACAGAUGUUUUUCAUGAGUACGUCAAACCUAGAGUGCAUCCACAACUGUCUACAUACUGCAGUACAUUAACAGGACUAAUGCAAGAGACGUUGGAUGAUGAAGACUUUUUUCCAGUAGUGUUUUCCAAAUUUUGCGAGUGGAUAAAAAAUGGAAAUUAUUUUGAUGAAGAGGGUAAAAGUGCUUUUGUGACUUGUGGUGAUUGGGAUUUGAAAGUAAUGCUUCCAGAACAGUGCAAGCUCGAUAACAUUGAAGUGCCAAGUUAUUUUAAAGAGUGGAUUAACUUGAAAACAACAUUUUGUUCAGCCACCAAUUAUUAUCCACGUGGUAUAAACGAUAUGUUGAAGCACUUUAACAUGAAAUUCCAAGGAAGAAACCAUUGCGGUCUUGAUGAUGCUCAUAAUAUUACUAGAUUAAUGAGAGUUUUAGCCGAGAGGAAUAGGCCGCAAUUCAUUAUUACAUCAAAUGUUAAGGACAAAAAAUUUGACGUUAGUGUUGGUUUGUAAUUUUGUUUAUU